AUGGACGGACUCCAGCUGCUCCGGAGGCAGUACUACGCCCUCUGUCCCGCAUACUUGCUUUCUGUUCCGACACCCUCCGUGCUGGCAAGCGAGGAAGGUCACGACACCCUCCUGUCUCUGCUCGACGAGGACCCGCCAGCCCCCGAACGCGAGUAUGCGAGACAGUUUUGGCGACGCGUCCUCCCCGUGCUCGAGAAGGGGAUCAUGCUCGGUGAAGGUGUGGAGGAGCUGACACCAGGUCGACGAGCGAAUCUACGAAACCGUCGCUUCCCUAGCCCUAACGCGCAGGCCGAAGCAGAGCUUCAAGACGUUCCUUUACGAUGCGCCGACGACAACCUAGCCAGGGUUGGAAGAGUAGCUGACCAGCAGGCUGGGAGAAGGAAGAACGUAAGCUACCGUCCCCGUGGUGCGCAGCUGACGAACAGAACGGGAAGAUGCAGGGUGCGUGUUCAGCUUCGCUUGCACUACAACCAGCUGACACACAGGUCUGCGUUUGUAGGAUCUGAUCGCGAAGAGCUGACAUUCAGCCAAGGAAGAGGCAAGAACGAAGCUGACUUCAGAACGGGGAAUGGACCCUUACAUUCGUGGGUCCAGCUGGUUCGCUUCGUUCAAACUGACUUCCAGUGUGGCGCAGAGAGAAACGUAGGCCGCGGCUGUAUGACUACCUAUGAAGCUGACUUCCAGCUCGGCAGAGGGGAUCUUAACGUCGCGCGAGGGCCGUAUAACCCUGCUCGAGGAGCAAGUCGCCGUGUCCUCCGGCAGCACAGGUUUGCGAACUUGGACAGCUUCGCUUCACCUGGGUCACCACCUGCUUCGCGGCGCCACGGCAUCCCGGAUAACAAGGCGCAGGCUCUCGACUGGGCCGAUGCGAGGGGCGACUCUCGCCCAGGGGUGUGGGAGGAGGCGAAGGGGAGGGACAUUGUCGCCGCCGAUGUCAUCUACGACCCGGACAUUGUGCCUCUGCUCGUGGACGCGCUCUCCGCGCUGCUCGAGGAUGGGCGACAGGCUAUCCUCGCCGCUACCGUGCGGAAUGAGGACACGUUCAAGCUCUUCCUGCAGCGGUGUGAUGCGGUUUCCCUUAGGACCGAGCUCCUUCCCCUUCAGCCGAUGAGCAGGGAGAAUCCGACAUUCUGGGACACGGCGUUGGAUCUUGGUGCGCGCGUCGAGGUCGUUCAGAUCACCCGUAGCUAG